AACACUGCAGUUCGUCAUAAUAUUGUUCCACUUACAAUUGCUCAAUUAACCGACCGAAGCAACAGAAACAGCCAGAAAUCCGACGAAAUGCGCCCAUUCCUUCGCCUGUAAAGCCAGCAAACGUGAGUGGUGUCGUCGCAGGGCAAGCAAAAUGCAACAUCUGGCGAAAAAGAGCGACGAGCGAAGGUAGAAAACAAACAUUGACAUAACACGUCAACGGUUGGGAGCAGCAGCAGGUAAACCACCGGGGAAACCAUACGGAGCAUGUGUUAUGGCCACAACAAGAUCCUCGGGAGAUGCCGCCACGUCCGUUGAUUCCGCCGCGGGAGCAGGAGGCGCCGGGAUCAGGAAGCUGUCCACGGCCAGUGGUGGAGGAAUCGCAGGAGGCGGCGGAGGAGGAGCGGCGCCCAGCUGGCAGAGCUGCUACUAUUGCACCCGGGAGCAGUUCAAGACCAUCAGCGACUUUGUCAAUCACCUUCGAAAUCGCCACUGCACCCGGGAAGGCGGCUCCUUCGUGUGUCGCUACGGCUUCAAUGGGGUGUGCGCCUCCCUGCCACUGGACGGAGUCUCGGAUCGCGACUACGACGCCCAUGUGGCCAAGUACCAUGUCAACCAGCACACGCGCGAGAUGCCGCCCGAAUGGGGAGUCUACUCGGCCGCGCAGAACUUGCCCGCAGUGCUCAACGAUCCCUCGCGCGGCAAGCAGAGCAAUCUGUUCACCAAGAAGUGGGGCGAGCACUUUGUGGAGCGCACUCAUGUCCCGGCCUCUCCCCGACUGCCGGAUAUAACGCACGCCGACUUUGCCGUCUAUCUGGGCAGCAUUGGCAAGCGGUAUCGCUGGCAUGAGCGCCGCCAGCAGCAACUGGAGCGGGAUAAGCCGCUGGAGAAUGGAGCACAAGGAGGAGGAGCAUCGGGAUCGGGACAAACACCCACCCACUUGAGUUCGGUGCCCGAGAUCUUUCUCAAAUCGCAGCUGCAGCUACACAACCCGGCCACCUUCAAGCAGGUGUUUCCUAAUUACAUGCAAACGUCGGCUUCGAGUCCGGAAACCCACCAGCAAACUGGACGCCAGCUGCAGGAGCAGCUGAGUCACUACCUGGACAUGGUGGAGGUGAAGAUAGCCCAACAGGUUUCGCAGAAAUCGGCGGCAUUCUUUCACGCCAUGACCACACAGCAUGCCAUUCUGGCGGAAAUGGAACAGGCAGCGGAGCAAGUGCGUCAACUUAGAGCAGCACUGGCCCAACUACAUAGCCAUUCGGUUGUGGACAGCUUCAAGGUGCUGCGGUUUGCGCAGAGAAGACAGCACUACAACCUCACACUAGACAAGCUCCGACUGAUGGCCACCGUGCACAAGACGCAGCCGAUGCUGCAGCUCCUCCUGGGCACCCAGGACUAUGUGGCUGCUUUAGAUUUAAUAGGAACCACCCAGGAGAUUCUCUCCGCCGAACUGCUCGGCAUUCACUGUUUCAAGCAUUUGCCCAUGCAGCUGAGCGAAAUGGAGAAGCUGAUCGACAAGAUGCUGACCACGGAAUUCGAACGCUACGCUGCCGCGGAUCUCAAUCGCCCGCUGACGGAUGCGCUCCGCGAGACGGACAGCGUUUGCGCCGAGGAGGACAAGCUGGUGGCCAUUGUGAUGGGUCUGCUGCGCAAGCAGAACUUCUCCUUUGUCCAGGCGUAUCAGCAGGAAGCAAUUGCCACCAUUCGGGCUAUCAUAAAACAGCUGCUGAUUGAGGUUUUGGCCCGCAGUGACAGCGAUCAGGAGGUCAGCUUAACGGGUCACGGCGAACAAGCGCUGGAGCUUAGUUUACCCGAGUGGAUUGCCCUGCUUCAGCGCUCCAGUCAGGCCUUGGUUUCCAUACUCGAAAGAAUCAAAACUGUUGUGGGAAUAAUGCAGCAAACAGCGGACGCAGCCGUGGGCGCCCAGGAUGCAGUGAAUCUGAUAGAUUCGGAAGCCUUUCUCAGUCCCGGACACCAUGAGCAAUUAAAGUCUCAGCUGCAGCAGCUCUUGCAGGCCGUCUGCCAUUACUGCCAUGAGCGUUGUGCCAAUAUUGUGUCGCCUCAGAGUCUCGAAAAGAGUUUGGCAAGCGAGCAGGAGCUCUGCCAGCUCUCCGAGAUUGUGGAUCAGUUUGGCGAGACAACGAGGAGCAUUUGUGGAGUGGCCAGUGUGCCACUGCAGCUAGCCUUAAAAGUGCAGGCCUCGCGAUUUGCUCAAAGAUUCCACGCCGAACGGAAGCAAAAGUUGUCGCUGCUUUUGGAUCAGGAGCGCUGGCGCCAGGUGGACAUACCGCACGAGUUCCAGCGGAUAAUCGAUCGCAUGGCGGCCGGGGAUUAUGCCAAACCCGAGAUGGGCAACCUAAUCAGCAAUGGCCUAGGCAAUCCCGUGCUCUUGGUGGAGGGAAAACAGCCGUACACCCUGGUCAGCGCCUCGCUGAUGCUCAUUCGAAUGCUUUAUGAAUACGGAGGAAGUUCGCAUCGUAUGCCAUUGCUGGCCAGCUAUCAUGCCCGCAAUGUGGUGGACCUGCUGCGGUGUUUCAACUCUCGCAGCUGCCAACUGAUUAUCGGAGCGGGAGCGAUGCGGGUGGCCGGUUUAAAGACCAUCACUAGCACUAAUUUGGCGCUGGUUUCCAGAGCACUUCAACUGGUCCUCUGGCUGCUGCCCAAGCUGAGGGAGCACUUCCAGGCGAUGAGUGGCUACGAGGCCAUCGAGCGGGAUUAUCAGGGUCACAUCAAGGAGAUCGAAAACAAGAUACACGGCAUUGUGUCGGAGAGAUUGGCCGCCCAACUGGAGGCCUGGGAGGCGAGACCGCCGAUACCGUCGCAAACCUUCCGCCACAUCUCCCGCCAUCUGGUGAAGCUGCACGAGGCCAUCGCUGGGGUGCUGCCCGAGGCUCAGAUCCACGAGAUCUACGGCGUGGUGCAUCGUAACUUCAAGGACAAGCUGCGGGAACAACUGCUCAAGCUGAAUGUGAACAACAAUGGGGGUCCACAGCAUGGAGUGGUCACUUCGGAGCUAACCUUCUACAUGGAGACGCUGCGCACACUGAAAGCCCUGCCCGCCGAGCAGCUGGACAACGGAAUUCUGGAGGAGAUCUGGCUCUACUGAGCAUUCCGAAGUAUUCUUCAUUGUUUGUUAUCCUUGUUUUAUUUAUACCAUUUGAAUUGUCGCGUCUAUUUUGUUUGCCACUGUACAUUGCUUGUACUUUUAUGUUCCGCCCUAAAACGAAAGAAAUGGUACAUUUAUCUCUUUUGUUGCGCACCUUUUAUAGCACCUAAGCUUAAAGUCAGUGAAAAGGCUUAUGAUUAAAGAGUAAUAAUAAAUCAAAAAAUCUUUUAAA